AUGUACAUCCAUUGGUCCCAUCACAACCUCCCCAAGAUUUUCGGAAUCUUAUCAUUUGUUUUCAAUCCCUUAUUCAUGUGGUUGAUUCUGAGUGAGAAAAAGGCGUCCAUUGGAAAAUAUCGAUACUUAUUGAUUGGUUUUGCCCUUUUUGACAUGUUCUACUCGACUGUCGAGUUGUUUGUACCUGUUGCUAUCCAUGGAACUGGUGCGGCUUUUGUGAUCUACUUGGCGGAUGGUCCAUUUUUUGGGACUGGACACCUCGGUCAACUAGCCGUAUCCAUCAGAUGCGGGUGCAUUUCCCUAUCCUAUGGAAUCCUAAUCAUCCACUUCAUUUACAGAUACUUUGUUCUUUUUAACACUCAUAUAAUCGAAGCUAUGCUCCGACCAUCUGGCCUUUUUGGUCUUUUUAUCUUUUUCAUUUGUCACGGAAUCGCAUGGAGUACUGUAUGCGAGAUGUUCCUUUAUGGGGAUCAGGAAGUGUCUGACUAUAUCUACGAAGGGUUUAGAAGAGAUUAUAAUGUGGAUUCUCAUGAUUUGUCAAUGUUGAUGGCGCUGUUUUUUGACGCGAGUCCAGAAAUCAAACGACGCAGUUGGAUGGGUAUUUUGAUCCUAACCGGGAUUAGCACCUAUGCGGUAUCCUUGUAUAUUGUUCUGGGAUGGAAGAUUAUGAGAAAAUUGGCUGAUAAUCCUGGGGUGUCAAAAACUACGCAGAAGUUGCAUAGGCAACUUUUUAAAGCGUUGGCUGUUCAGACCUUCAUUCCCAUUUGCAUUAGUUUCUCGCCCUGUAUGAUGGCUUGGUAUGGGCCUGUACUCGGAUUGGAUCUCGGAAUGUGGAACAACUACCUUGGAGUGAUUGCCUUAUCAGCGUUCCCCGUUCUCGACCCAUUGGCUAUUAUAAUCUUGUUGCCUAAUUAUCGAAAUAAGUUAAUUGGUGUUGUAAAACGACCAAUUAAGUAUUUGAACUCGGGAACGUCGGCAGUACGACCCACUGGGGAUAGUUCCGGUGCCGCUACUCAGCUUUAUUAA